GCGGGACCAGGCUGUCUACCGUGGGCUAGUUCACCUGUGUCGGCCCGCUUACUUGACUUGACGGUAGCAAUGAGGGCAGAGCAAGGGUUGUACUGGUGAAACACGGAUUAUACACACACACACAUGCCGGGAUAUACCAUGACCACGCCGUGGUGCCGCCUCGCCUGGGUGGGGAUACUAGCAACGAUUUCUCUUACAGCUGGAAGUCGAUACCAUGAACAGUUCGACAAGACUGUGGAAGCCUUCCUCCUCGACAACGGCUACACAGGGGGCGCUCUGGCCGCCAUGAAAGAUGGCCGAAUCAUAUAUGCUCAAGGGUAUGGCGUCACGAACGAAGGUCGCGAGGUCAAGGACACGACCCUCUUCCCAGUGUCAUCCAUAUCCCAGUCUUUGACAGCCGUUGCAAUUCUUCAGCUUGCAGAGAUCGGCGCCCUUGACCUUGAAGGAAAGGUUUUCGGCCACGGCGGAUACCUUCACAUGCUGAAAGCCCACCGACCUGAUUCAGUUGACCCAAGGCUCCACGACAUCACUGUCCGACAUCUCCUCCAUCACACUGGGGGAUGGGAUAUGAACAAAGCCCCACUCUUCGACGUCAUGCUGAAUCCCUACUAUCUGAUGAAGGGUUACAACGUCCCCAACAUCAGCCACAUCAUGAACUCGCCCCCGCCGCUGUCGCACUACGACACGAUCCGGUACAUGAUGUCUCAAAGACUGGACUUCACUCCCGGUACCAAGACUGUGUACUCCAAUCUUGGCUACAUCAUCCUCGGUCGAAUCAUCGAGGAGGUUGGUGACACAAGCUACGAAGACUUUAUUAAGCAGAAUGUGCUGAAACCUUGCGGUAUGUGGCACACGCGUCUCGGAAGCAAGGAAAAGAUCGACAAGAUCGACAACAGGUCGAACAGGAUGUCGAAGGACAGCAGCGACUGGCAAGAUCUAACUCUGUAUGACGUCCUCCAUCCUGCUGUCAUUGACUCCGCUCUCGGUUGGUACUCCAACGUGUUCGACAUGAUGCGCUUCCUCCGAUGUAUUGAGCAUCAUGACAGUUCGGGACUGAUUAAUAAGAAUUCGUGGGACACGCUGGCCCGCCGACCGGAAGCAGCGCCCGUGCAGCACAGCGCUAACUGGUACGGAACUGGCUUCAGAGCCAGCAUCCAAGGAAACAUAUGGCAGGACGGAUACAAGCAUGCCAAUGACGUUCUGCUCUUCCACAGCCACAAACACGAGCACGCCAUCCAUUUGCCUGAUGCUUGGGUCCUGCUCCUCGACGGCCAGAAACUGAGGCACCUGAAGCACAAGUCCCAUGAACUGAUGGAGUACCUCGGGGUGGGCUUCUCCCACGAUGAGAUCAUCCUCCGCGACCUCUCCGACGUCCAGGUGCCAGCCACAGUGGUCAAAUUCAGCGUUGACGAACACCACCUGCACGCGUACAUCAACGCUUUGAAACAAGAGAGUUAUGACGUGACGUGGAUCAGUGGCCACGAUGCUCAUCGUCACACCCGCUUCACGGUCAUAGCCGAGAAAACCGAACAACCACACGACUACCUCGUUGAGCACGGACUCACGGAAAAGAAACUGUUUUCCAGAAAACUUGCUCUCGAAGACGAAGGCUUCAACAUGACAUAUCUACAAAACUACAAAAGCGCAUCCCACGACGAAAGGCACGCCUUUUUAGCCGUAUUCCGAAAAUCAGCCUUUGACAAGCACACCCACAUGAAGUGGGGGAUCCACCACUACCCCCGCCCAUACGACAAACUCCUUGGUCUGUACAUAGAGAAGGGCUACUACCCGACAGUGCAGAGUUACAUCCACCACGAAGACGAGGCUCUCCUGUCUUUCAUCUUCCUGAAGCGGGACAACCAGCGCAAAGUGAACUUCAAGGAGUACCAUGGCCUCAGCAUCCCACAGCUCGAGAGGAUGGUUCGCUCCAACGCCAACCAGAACCGGAAGCUGACGUAUGUGGACGUGUGCAUGGUGUACCGGAAGCCACGGUUCUCCGCAGUGUUCACAAACCAAAACCCCAAACAGUGGAUAUUCGUACCCGAACUCGACCAAGACUCUGCAGAUAAGAUUAUCCGGGAAAAGUUCGCAGAGGGUUACGUUCCCAGGAAAAUAGUCGGUUAUGCGCGGACUGACAAGAGUGUUAAAUACGCCUUGUACGUGGAGAAAGAGUAGAAUAGUUUGGGUUACUAUCACUACUCGGGUGUACUUCAUACAUAAGUACCCGCUUACCGUCUCGACGGAGGACACAAAAUGUAAAAUACAGUUUUCGAUCUGUUCAAGAUUGGGUUAAUACGAUCAUUUGGCGUCUACCUCUGUUCAGAGAUGACAACUUUAGAAGAUUAAAGGAAAUAUAUAUAUAUUACUCAAAAACAGUUAAACAUAUGAUUAUUUUCAAAUGACUUUAGUUAAUCUCGCAUGUCCAUGACAGAUUAAUUUUCUAGUAUAUACGAAUUGAGUGUUUUAAACUUCUUUGGAGUUCUAUAUUAUAUUCUUUUAAUGAUAAGACGCAACGACUGUAUUUAACUACAGUUUAUUUUAAUUUAUUACCACUGAAUUUGUCAAAGGUCUUUUUACACGUCGUAUCGAGUUAACAAUUUCAUACAUGUUAUUUUAGCAGAGUGGAAAAUGAAUCUUAAGGAUUAAAAAAUAUUAAUCAGCAGUAACGUCAGUCGUAUGGAAAACAGCUGCUCAGAUGGAACUUUGGAUACAUUCCUUGACACUAACAACAGUACCACAUUGAGACAUAUACUAACUUCCAUGCAACUGCUUGUGUGUAAUGUUCGCUGCCUAAAAUCCUCUGGAUAGCAUUGCCAUGUUGUAUAGUUGUGACGAAUGUAUUAGCGUAUCUGGUAAAUUAUGUGGAAGGGCUACACCGCUCCUGUCUACAUUACUACAAGUGCUAUAUGGUUAAUUAUCGUAUGUAUUGUCUACAGAUAAAGGGUUAAGUGUUACAUCGAGGCUACCAGAAUGGCAUUUAUGGAGCUUGUACAUAUGUGUCGUAAUCUGUACAUAAUAUCAGUGUUGUGUAUGUCCAAGUAAAUGUGUGUAAUAAAACCAUUGUACAAAA